AUGAUUGGAAGAGACGACUUCCACGAGUAUGUUGAUCACUAUGAAAAUGUUGACAAUGUUCAUAAUGAUGUUGUGGAUGAUCAUGAUGAUAACGCUAUGGAGUUUCAUGAUGAUAUAGGCGAUCAUAUAGUUGAUCCUUCAAAUGUUGAGAUACCAUUUGCAUCAAGUUGGGUACGGGGAAUGAAUUUUAUCAAAAGGUUGAUUUUUCCUAAUAAAGAGGCGGUGAAGCAGGCAUUAAUAGUGUACUCUAUGGACAACAAUAGGAGUUAUACAACUGAGUGGUCCAACCAGCAGAGAUUGUGUGUGAAGUGCGUGAAUGAGUCAUGUGCAUGGAAAGUUCGAGCAUUCUCGCAACGGAAACUUAACGGACUAUGGGUCAUCACAGUAUACAACGGACCUCACACUUGUCCAUCAGUUGGGGUGAACAAAGAUGGUAGAAUGAUGGAUUCAAAUUUUCUUGCUCAAGAACUUCAUACAUAUAUACUUGAAGAUCACACUUACAAAAUAAAGGAUCUCCAAAACCUGAUAAAGGAAAGGUUUCAGCACGAAAUAUCGUACUACAAGAUAUGGGAUGCGAAACAAAAGGCCAUUGCAAACAUACAUGGGAAUUGGGAAGAGUCGUACCAAAAGUUACAGAAGUUGUUAUUGGCAUAUAAGGAUAGUGAUUCGGGUACACAAGUGUCUUAUCGGUCAAUCAACGGAAACACACCAAGUACUAUUAUAUUCAAGUAUGUGUUCUGGGCUUUCGCUCCUUCCAUUGCUGGAUUCACACAUUGUAGGCCAGUAAUUAGUAUUGAUGGAACUCAUCUUUAUGGAAAAUAUAAAGGAAAGUUGUUGAUUGCAAUGGCUACUGAUGCUAACAAUGAGAUUUUUCCACUUGCCUUUGCGGUUGUGGAUGAUGAGACGGGGGCCAGUUGGGGAUGGUUUUUAUAUUGCUUACGGAAAGCAAUACAACAUGUGGUACCCGAUUCCGGCAUUUGCAUAAUAUCUGACCGACAUAGAGCUAUCAUAUCUUCCAUUGAACAGUGGCCCCAUGAUUAUGUACCGGUAUAUCAUCGAUAUUGCAUUAGACAUGUUGCUAGCAACUUCAACACUCAAUUUAAGGACCCAUUCUUAAAGUCUCUGGCCUUGAAAGUAGGAUACGCUACUCAAGUUCGCAAACUUGAUAAAAUAUUGGAUUGCCUUAAGGAAGCUGAACUCAAGUUCAGUAAGGAUCUUAGUACUGAGAAAAAGAAGCCGUACUCAUAUCUAAGGAAGGAGGAUUUGGAGAUGUGGACAUUGUCACAUGAUCGUGGACUCCGUUAUGGGGCAAUGACUACCAAUAUGUCGGAGUGUUUCAAUGGAGUUCUAAAAGGUGCACGUGGACUACCAAUAUCUGCAUUGGUUGACUACAUUUGGUGCAAACUUGUCGCCUAUUUCAAUGAUCGGCGCACUAAAAUAUUGGGUGAUAUUGCACAUGGUCAAGAGUUCAGCAGUUAUGCCAUGGAGAUCUAUGAAGCAAAUUACGAGAAAGGCCAAAAACAUUAUGUGAGGCCAUUUCACCAGCAGAACGGUGUAUUUCAAUUUGUAUCAGGGAACAUAUCAAUGCAAUGA